CUCUUCUCGCGGCGCCUAGCGGCAGACGUAGUAAUUUACAACUGAACGUAGCAUCCUCAGCUGUCACAUCUAUCACAUGAAAACGCCCGGUCUUAUUUGUCAAUGCAAUAUGACGAUCAAAUAUGCGUUCUUAGCAUAAGCAGGGAUGCAUAUUUUAAUAAACUGUCAAAGAGCAAUGGGUCGCUGCCGGCUAUUGUUUGUAAAACUGCAUUCAGCUGCGCUCGCUCUCUUGAACGCACCCCGCUGAGUACCUCAAUAUUGUUCAAGGGGAAUAAUGGCUGCGCAGGAGCAGUCUCCACCAUCUUCCCUGGAAGGCAACAAACCUGGCUUCCCAAAGAAAAUUUUGGCCAACAGCCUCGAGGACAAGCAUUUGUGCAACUCGUGCCAGAAAGUGUUGAGAAGGCCCUUGCAAGCCCAAUGCGGUCACCGCUUUUGUUCGUUCUGUUUCAACAAAAUUGUGAGUUCUGGACCACAGAAGUGCAGUGCUUGCAUCAAAGAAGACUUGUUUGAGGAACCCACCUCCAUUCUUAAGCAAGGCGGGGCUUUCCCCGACAAUGCGGCUCGGAGAGAAGUGGAGGCCUUGGGGGCCGUCUGUCCCAACGAAGGAUGCACGUGGACGGGGACCAUCAAAGAAUUUGAGGCCAACCACGAGGGCAACUGUGACUUCAUGAUCAUCCUGUGUCCCUCCUGCAAAGAGCUGAUGAGGGCCAACGAACAGGAGCGCCACAACGAGAGAGAAUGUCCAGAAAGGACGCUCAACUGCAAAUACUGCAAGGAACCCUUCCUGUUAAAGAACAUCAAGGCUCAUGAUGAAAUCUGUCCAAAGUACCCGAUGAUUUGCGAAGGUUGUGCGAAGAAAAAGAUCCCCAGAGAAAAGUAUGUGGACCAUAUUAAGUUCUGCAGUAAAUGUAAAGCACCUUGCAGAUUUCAUGUUGUUGGCUGCGAUACGUCUGUGGAGAAAGAGAAGCUCCACGACCAUGAGCGGCAGUGUUCAUAUGAACACCUCAACCUGCUCCUGCACUUCAUCAUGGGCAUCAAGGUGAGCCUGGAGAGCCUGCAGCCCCAGAGCCUGGAGGUGGCCAGCCACAAGCUGCAGGAACUCCACCAGUCCCUCAGGGACCUGGAGCUGAAGAUGAGCCAGAUGGGAGGGGGCGCUGCUGCUCCCGUGCAGGGCGCGUGCGCCCCGUCCCUGGCCACCUCCUUCACCCCGCUGCCCAGCGCCACAGGCACCGCCCUGGAGCUGCAGCUCCACAGCGAAAAGGCCAAGGUGGCAGAGCUGAGCCGCCGCUGCCAGGAGCUGGAGCUCAAAGUGGGCACGUUCGAGAACAUUGUGUGCGUCCUCAACCGGGAGAUGGAGCGCUCCUGCACCACCAUGGAGGCCUACAACCGCCAGCACCGGCUGGACCAGGACAAGAUUGAGAUCCUCAACAACAAGGUCCGUCAGCUGGAGAGGACGGUGAGUCUAAGGGACCUGUCCAUCGUGGAGAUGGAGGGGAAGAUGAGGGAGAUGUCUGCAGCCACGUACGACGGCAUCUUUGUCUGGAAGAUCUCAGAUUUCACCAAGAAAAGGCAGGAUGCUGUGGCGGGCCGCGCCCCCGCCAUGUUCUCUCCCGCCUUUUACACUAGUAAAUAUGGCUACAAGAUGUGCCUGCGGAUCUACCUGAAUGGUGACGGGACGGGCCGCGGCACCCACCUGUCUCUGUUCUUUGUGGUGAUGAGAGGACACAGCGACGCACUCCUCAAGUGGCCUUUUAAUCAGAAGGUCACCCUGAUGCUGCUCGACCAGAACAACAGGGAGCACAUAAUCGAUGCCUUCCGGCCCGACAUCUCCUCCUCGUCCUUCCAGAGGCCUGUCAGCGACAUGAACAUCGCCAGCGGCUGCCCGCUCUUCUGUCCGCUCUCCAAGCUGGACUCCAAGAACUCCUACUUACGCGACGACACCAUCUUCAUCAAGGCCAUUGUAGACCUCACUGGGCUCUAGGUAAAAGGACGAGGGCACAAAUCCAACCCCUGCCUUUUGUUGCUACUAACCUGUUUGAAUCAACAGGCUUUUGUGUCACCAGUAACUGGCGUUUGUCUUCGGGGGUCUGUCUAAUUCUUUUGGGUUUGGUACCCAUUGUUGUCAGCAAUACACAAGACCAGAGCAGGAAGCUUUUUUUUUUUUUUUUUUUUUACCGUGUGGCUUUUGGUUUCCGAAUCUUUAAGCCACUGUAUCUAGUUUACAAAUCAAACUGAGUUUUGAUUUGACAAAAACAGAUUACCUACCAAAGUGACUGGAGGAGUGAACACAAUAUUAUUAUGUCAGUAUUUCCCUGAUGACAGAAGACCCUCAAAAGAUAUUGGAACUGAUGGAAGCAUUCCAAGACUUGUGUGGAAUAUUAUGCUUGUGAAAGUAGACAACUAAGAUACCAUUGUCUCUAAUCACCAGUCAUCAUCCUGUGGCUUCUGGCACCACGGAUGAAGCUCCUCAUCUAUGGUACGAGAUUUUUACGUGGAUAUUAUGUCCGUUCACAUUCGAACAUCAGCCGUGUUUACCUUCAGUUGUCGAGCGAAUUUUAAGCAAUCUUAUUUCGCCGCGUUUCCACCAACUGGUGCAGCGAAUAAACUAGGCUACAGCGUAGUCUCAACAGAGGAUACAUAUCGCUGUAAUCAGCCAAUAAAUUGGCAAACCGCAAACAAAACAAGUAGCCUUUCAUGCUGUCUGGAGAUGAAGACAAGCAUUCACAAGUUAUGGGAAUAUUGAAGAAGACAACAACAGCAGAAACAGCUGAUCAGUGAUGAGAGUUAAAGGGCCGGUGUGUAGUAUUCAGGGGGAAUCUAUUGACAGAAAUAAAAUAUGAUAAUUAUAAGUAAUUAUAAGUUAUCACCUGAAAAUAAGAAUCGAUGUUUUUGUAACCUUACAAUGAGCCGUUUAUAUCUACAUAGUGAUGGGGUCCUCUUCACGGAGCCCGCCAUGUUUCUACAGUAGCCCAGAAUGGACAAACAAAAUACUGGCUUUAGGCAAGGUCAUUUGUUUCUUCAGAUACUUCACCGCUAGAUGCCGCCAAGUUCUGCACACUGGCCCUUUUAAAUGUUCGGCAAAGGCAUUUCCGUAAGUCAUUUAGUGCAUCAACCAUUUUUUGGCAAAGGCGAAAACCACCAUAAGCGAGCGUAAAAACAUUUUUGCUCCACUGAGGAGGUUUUUUUUAAUUUUCACGUUUCCUUACAGAUUUUUCAUUGCUUCAAAAUGCGCAUAAAAAUAUGUGAAUGGAAACACGGCUAUUGUUGUUUCCUUCAGCAAGUUAAUAAGUCCUCAAAAAAAAAGUAAUUGCUGCUAGCUGGUAGUUAUGUUCAAAAAUAAUUGGGCCUUAACUAGUAGCUUGUAUAACUACCAUAACUCAAGUCAAGCCAUGGAAAAGCUAAAAAUGACUCGUUUGACAUACUAUGUCCUUGAGAAGUUAAUUUGGCUAACGUGUUGACACACUAUUAAUUAUUUACA